GUUUCAUGCCAAGAAUUGCCUUCUUUGUGGGUCGAUUGAUGGCCACCGCGUUUCAUCCAGGAGAGUCUUGCAGCGAAUUGAGGAGGUGCAACUGGUGCCAAAUCAGACCAGUUUCAACGCCGCCGUAAGUGCCUGUGAUCGUGCCAUGCGCUACAGGUAAGGAGCAGGCGUCGGGCUGAGCAGCUGGAACGGUUGCGGCAGCAGCAGCAGCAAAAUGCCCAGGAGAAGGCUCUUGGAUCAACGAGCAGCGAAGAAGAUGGAACUGCUACGAGAGCAGCACAACACUGGCGGGCGCUGGAAGAUCCACCUGUUUUGGGCUGGCCCCAGGUACUGCGUGAUUGAGGUGGUGAACAAACCCUAUACCCGGCUGCAAACGCCAGAACUUCAGGGCCCGAUGCCCCUCUGGGACUACACGGGCGUGCUCUCAAAGGUGGGCUUUGGAGAUGUCUUGAAGUUCGCAGUCUAUCGCAAGGAACCAGUCGUGGAAGUGGACCAUACAGCCGCAGCACCUUCUGUGGAACAUACCACGGUGCUGUAUUUGCAGGUGCUGAAAUGUGGGGUGGCAACAGGUGUUCUAGGUAGUUGCCAAGGAUGCAUGAUAUGGCGCCUGCCGCAAUUUGCGACGUGCGGAAAUCUGUUGCAUCAGAACAGAGACACUUACACGUUUAGAUCCUUCAGUCAGAAAGUCAUCUAUAAAACUUAA